AGGCACGGACAUUUUUAUUAUUGUUUCGACAUCUGUCACUUUAACUACUAUCAUUGCAAUAAUAUUUUUGUUGCAUGAUAUCAAAAUCAAGUGUAAACAAAUGGAUAAUCUAUUCCGAGUUUUAAUAAAGUUAUGUGGCCGGGAGUCCAGCACGUAAUAAAUAAUUUACUUUUCGAAAUAUUGUUGCGAGUGGUUCUUCUGGCAGUGGUGUGUGUAUGUCAGUUGAAGGCACAGCCACACAUGCGAUAUAUCAGCGAGGCUGAACUGCUGAACGAGUACAGGCGACCCCGACACGACUCCUACGUGCCAGCAUGGGCCACGGUCUUCUUUAUAGUUUUCGUGCCCCUCUUGUUUAUUUGUACCCCCUGUAUAUUAACGAGAAACUACGUAGACAUUACACAAGCCCUGCUGGGGUGGACACUAGCGCUUACAAUAAACGCAGUAAUCACAGAAUCUGUUAAACUGAUAGUGGGACGACCUCGGCCAGAUUUUUUCUACCGCUGCUUUCCGAACGGGAAGAUGACGCCUGGACUGCGCUGCACUGGCAACGUGUACGACGUGAUGGAUGGCAGGAAAUCUUUCCCCAGUGGACACAGCAGCUUUUCAUUUUGCUCACUAGGAUUUUUGAGUUUUUGGCUUUGUGGGAAGUUGGGAACUUUGUCACGAAAUCGAGGCCAGAGUUCGGGCAUAGUUGUUUGUUUGGCUCCGCUGAUGAUAGCUGGAAUAGUAGCUUUGAGCCGCUGUUGCGACAAUCAUCACCACUGGCAAGACGUUUUAGCGGGAGCUUUAUUGGGUUACACGACAUCAUACUUUUGCUACAACCAGUACUACCAGCCUUUAGACUCGGCGUGGUCGGGUGACCCCUAUGCGGUUAAUAUCGACCACGAGUUUUUUAACUCAUGCAACGAAACGGAAUGUUGCACCAAAGACCUUAAAGAUGUUUGUCUUAUGCUACAUCUAUGUAGCAAGAGAACUUUAGAAGGCAAUAAAAAAGUCAGCUGAAUAA